AUGAACCUUCACUUCAAAGUCAAGUGGUUCCACAAUGAGUACGUCCGCGAACUGGCUGCCUUCAAGGACACACCCCCUGAGUAUUCUCUGUAAGUAGUGUGCUGCACACACACACACACACACACAGACACAGACACACACACACACACACACACACAGAUGAACAAAGAUUAUGCCCCAAAAACAUGCUAACCUCUCACCAUUACCAAUAACAGGGGAGGUAAACAUUAUUGGGGAGGUAUGAUAUGUAUGCCUCUGUAACUUUCUCACUCAUCAUUAUUCACCAUUCAUUCAUGAUUAGCCGUGAUCAUGGUACAUUCUUUAAAAAAAAAUGUUUUAAAGGUUCUUCGGCUGUCCCAAUAGUAGAACCCUUUUUGUCAUGGAACCCAAAAGGGUUCUACCUGGAACCAAAUAGGUUUUUUAUUUUAUUUUAUUAGGAUUCCCAUUAGCAAACGCCAAUGGCGACAGCUAGUCUUACUGGGUUCCGACACAUAACAAAAUUACAAUAAACUAUUACAAUAAAACAUAACAAUUUACAAUAAAAGGGACUCCAAAAUGAUACAAUACAUGAUUUAACAUUUCUAUUGGGCACUACAUAAUCCCAAACACAACCAAAACAAACUGCAAAUGCAUCCAACAAGUUUGUAGAGUCACAAGCUUGAUGUAGUCAUUGUGUGCUAGGAAUAUAGGACCAAAUACUACACUUUUGACUACAUUUAAUACACUAUAAGUGAAUUUGUCAAAUACUUAUGACACCUUCAAAUGGGGGGACUAGAUACAUAAAGUGCUUUCAUUUCUAAACGGUAAAACAGAUAUGUAUGAAAAUACCCUCAAAUAAAAGGUGACAUUCUGUACUGUCGCCUCAUAUAAAACAUUUGAUCUGAAAUCCAAAAUGCUGGAGUAUAAAGCCAAAUAAAAUCACUUUCCAAACAAAUACACACACCUUACACCACCUGAGUAUUCUCUGUAAAUACUACAGCACAGUGGAAAUAAGCCUUUGUUUUAUCCUUGAUGAUGUCAUGUUGUCUCCAACAGGAGCAGCCACAUUAUUUUAAUCAGUAAAUAAAUACAGUCAUGCAAUCAACCUUCACAAACACACCAUACAUGUAGAACUGAGUAUUCUCUGGAAGUACUGUAAUGUACCCACACAAACACACCAUACAUGUACAACUGAGUAUUCUCUGGAAGUACUGUAAUGUACCCACACAAACACACCAUACAAGUACAACUGAGUAUUCUCUGGAAGUACUGUAAUGUACCCACACAAACACACCAUACAAGUACAACUGAGUAUUCUCUGGAAGUACUGUAAUGUACCCAUACAAACACACCAUAUAUGUACAACUGAGUAUUCUCUGUAAGUACUGUAAUGCACCCACACAAACAAACAAACACCCAGUUCAGUUUACGUCCUGAAUUGACUGAAUUGAAAUAUAGUUUACCCCAACCCUGCCAUACAUGUUAAACCCCAAAGUGCUUUACAAAUCAGCAUUUAAAACUAGAUAAAAAAUUAAAGGAGAGAAUGUCAUGAGGGUCAGGUAAAAGACAGGUGAUUGUAUUAAAUAUGUAAAGAUAUGGAAUACUGCUCUCUCAGACAACCUUGCUAGUGCCCUCUUAGACACACACCUCCCUGUCAUUGUUGGUCAAACAGCGUCCAAUCCAUUACAGAGUGAGUUAUGAAUGACAGCUCACAGUCCCGCCCACCUGCUGCUGUCAUUUAAACACAAAGCACCUUCAGGAGUUAAGGACACACACACACACAUACACACACCGCCCACCUUAUCACUUUCUCUUGUGACAGAUGCCCUUAAACAAGGCGCACAGCAGGGAAUACACUUUCAACACACACACACACACUUUGGAUAGUAUGUACAGUACACUCACAGUGUGUGUGUGUGUGUGUGUGUGUGUGUGUCCUCCAGGUGGUUCGAGCCAUUUGUCAUUCAGUGGCUGUCUGAGAAUGAGGAUGUUGCCAUGGACUUCCUGCACGGAGCUCUAGGGAGCGACAAGAAGCUUGGCGUGAGUACUCACACACACUCUCCUCUCACCUCACUCACUCACUCUCACUCGUUCACUGUCUGGUAGUCCUCUGUCUCUUCUCAGUGAGGGAUGAAGGAAUAACAGCAGUGUUGACAUACAGCACUCUGCUGCUCUGCUCUGCUCACUCCAAUGAAAUACUGCACCACUGUGAGAUACUAAAGCUCUCUCUCUCUUCUCGCUUUCUCACUCUCUCCCUCUCUUCUCUCUUUCUCAAUCUCUCUUCCCCUUCUCUCCCUAUCUCUCUCUUUCUACUUCUCUUUCUUUCUCUCUCUCAAUCUAUCUCUCUCUCCCCCUUCUCUUUUUCUCUCUCGCUCAAUCUAUUUCUCUCCUCUCUUUCUCCCCCUUCUCUUUCUCUCUCUCUCCCUCUUUCUCUGUCUCUCUCUCUCUCGCUCGUUCUCCAGUUCCAGCCAACGUCGGAGCAUGUCCUUUUCUCCUGUUCAGUGGUGGAUGUGUUCACUCAGCUCAACCAGAGUUUUGAGAUCAUUAAGAAGCUGGAGUGCCCCAACCCACAGGCCCUGGCUCACUUCAUGUGCCGCUUUGCUAAGGUCAGACACUAACCCCUAACCUAAAGUCCCUAGCUGUGUGUGUGUGUGUGUUUGUUUGUUUGACCGUGUGUGUGCGUAUGUGUGUGUCCAAUACUAUUUCUAAGAGUGUUUUAAUAUUGUAACAACUCAAUAUUGUUCAUUCCUUUUCUUGUUUGUUUUUCUAGACCAUCAACAAAGUUCUGUUGCAAUAUGCUGCAAUCAUAACCAAGGAUUUUGGAUUGUAUCUGAACCAGGAGAAAGUGGUAAGUGUUCUCUGGAUGCAUAUAAUGAUCUUUCUGCACACAAAAAAAGAUGGACCAGCCCAUCUAGCAUUUGCCCAAACUCCCCUAUGGCCAGUCUGGUUGUGAAUAGUACUAUUAUAUGCUAGAUUAAUAAUACUAUGACUGUGUCUCUGUGACAGCCCUGCAUUCUCAUCAACAACAUCCAGCAGCUCAGAGUUCAGCUGGAGAAGAUGUUUGAGUCCAUGGGAGGCAAACAGGUCUGUAGCAACCCCUUACCUUUAUACAUACCCCUUACCCUGUCCCCAUCCCCUUACCCUGUCCCCAUCCCCUUAUCCUGUCCCCAUCCCCUUACCCUAUCCCCAUCCCCUUACCCUGUCCCCAUCCUCUUAUCCUGUCCCCAUCCCCUUACCCUGUCCCCAUCCCCUUACCCUGUCCCCAUCCCCUUACCCUGUCCCCAUCUCCUUACCCUGUCCCCAUCCCCUUACCCUGUCCCCAUCCCCUUACCCUGUCCCCAUCCCCUUACCCUGUCCCCCAUCCCCUUAACCUGUCCCCAUCCCCUUACCCUGUCCCCAUCCCCUUACCCUAUCCCCAUCCCCUUACCCUGUCCCCAUCCCCUUACCCUGUCCCCAUCCCCUUACCCUAUCCCCAUCCCCUUACCCUGUCCCCAUCCCCUUACCCUGUCCCCAUCCCCUUACCCUGUCCCCAUCCCCUUACCCUGUCCCCAUCCCCUUACCCUGUCCCCAUCCCCUUACCCUGUUCCCAUCCCCUUACCCUGUCCCCCAUCCCCUUAACCUUUACCCCCAACCCCUUACCCUGUCCCUCAUCCCUUUAACCUUUACCAACCCCAACUCCAUGGGAGGCAAGCAGGUCUGUAUCUCUUCUUCACCCCUCAUAUCCCCAUUUUCCCACACCCUCCAUGGCCCUAAUCCUAGUCCUACCCCAUCAGACAAUCCUCACCUUCCCCCUAGAUCUGUCACCAUCCCUGUGAAGACUGAUUUUUAUUCGCCCACCCUGUUCUGUUUCUCCACUCUUCUAGCUCUUCUCCCUCCAUCCUGUCUGGUCUUGUGCGUUCUAGUUUGUUUGUUUUAUAAAUGUUGUUUUAUACAUGUUUGAUAAAUGUCUGGAUGAAAGCCCUUAGUCUGUGUCUUGGGUUUCAGAUAUUCUAGCAUGUCCCCCUCUAUCUGUCUGUCUGUCUCUCUGUCUGUCUCUCUGUCUGUCUCUCUCUCUUUCUCUCCCUCUGCCUGUCUGUCUCUCUGUCUGUCUGUCUCUCUGUCUCUCUGCCUGUAUGUCUCUCUUUCUGCCUGUCUGUCUUUUUCUCUGACUGUCUCUGUGUUGGUCUCUCUCUGCCUGUCUGUCUGUCUAAUCCUGAGAAUAUAGCAAACGUUUUCUGUUAUGUGCAUGCUGUCUCUUUCCUCUUUCUAACGUUUUAAAUGCCUUGAGUUUUGUCUUCUGUGGUCUUGUGUUUCCCCAUUCUACUCUGCUCUCUCUCAAGGAGGAGGGGGCUGUGUCCUUUUGCAAGGUGUGUAGUAUAGGACUCCUACCACCUACCAUCCUAACCACCCUUUACUAAACAUAGGACUCCUACCACCUACCAUCCUAACCACCCUUUACUAAACAUAGGACUCCUACCACCUACCAUCCUAACCACCCUUUACUAAACAUAGGACUCCUACCACCUACCAUCCUAACCACCCUUUACUAAACAUAGGACUCCUACCACCUACCAUCCUAACCACCCUUUACUAAACAUAGGACUCCUGCCCUCCUUUAUUUUUAAAUAUGUAUGUAAUCUUUAUUAAUACAGGUAAGUCAAUUAAGAACAGAUUCUUAAUUACAAUGAUGACUUGUCCUACCUAACACCCUUUACUAAACAGCCUACCUAACACCCUUUACUAAGCAUAUAACUUCUACCAUCCUACCUAACACUCUUUUGUAAGCAUAGAACUCCUACCAUCCUACCUAACACUCUUUUCUAAGCAUAGUACUCCUACCAUCCUACCUAACACUCUUUUGUAAGCAUAGAACUCCUACCAUCCUACCUAACACUCUUUUCUAAGCAUAGUACUCCUACGAUCCUACCUAACACUCUUUACUAUGCAUAGAACUCCUACUAUCCUACCUAACACCCUUUACUAAGAAUAUAACUCCUACAUCCUACCUAACACCCUUUACUAAGAAUAGAACUCCUACAUCCUACCUAACACCCUUUACUAAGAAUAUAACUCCUACAUCCUACCUAACACCCUUUACUAAGAAUAGAACUCCUACAUCCUACCUAACACUCUUAACUAAACAUAGAACUCCCACCAUCCCUAAUAUGCUUUAUAACACCCUUUAGGCCUACUAAGGAUAUGUCUUCCACCAUCCUUACCAUCUUUCACUUAGAAUAGGAGUUCUUACAAAUGGUUGUGGUCAUGCAUUCUGUUUAACCUGAUGAAGAUCAGGGGCCGGCGCACAAUUGGCCCAGCGUCGUCCAGGGUAGGGGAGGGAAUGGCUGGCAGGGAUGUAGCUCAGUUGGUAGAGCAUGGCGUUUGCAACGCCAGGGUUGUGGGCUCGAUUCCCAGUAUGAAAAAUGAAAAAAUAAUGUAUGCACUCACUAACUGUAAGUCGCUCUGGAUAAGAGCGUCUGCUAAAUGACUAAAAUGUAAAUGUAAGAUCCUCUGGAUGGAAAUGGUGGUAAUUAGGACCAUACAGUGUUAGGGACGUUUUCUAUUUUAGCAUAGGAGCCGUUAACUAUCCCUACCACCAUCUACUGAACUAUAGUAAAUGCAUGUACCCCCACCUCUCACCCCGCACCCCCCCCCCCCCCCCCCCCCCCACCCCCCCCCAACCUAUGCUUCUCCCACUCUCAGCAACACACACACACACACACCCCACCUACGCUCUGACCCUCUCAGCAGCAUGUGCCACAGGGCAUACGGAAUCAGAGCUACCCAUCUGUCAGCUAGUCCCCGCGCUCUGUCAGGGAGCAGUAUUCAUCCACAACACACACACACACACAGCCCACAUUCUGUCACUAAGGAUAAUGGUUCCAACCCACCCGGUCCCACCAUUUUUAGCUUGGUGCCUUUUUUCCUGGCUCAUUUAGUGGAGUCGUCAGUGUCCCUCAGCCUGCAGCCUGGAGUCAGGGUCUUUUUGAUUGCCUCUCUUUGGUCCCCAAGCUGAAGCUACAAAAUGCUCCAGACAGGAUUUCACAGAAACUCUGAUGAGCUUCUCAAACGCUUACAAAACUCCCCAGCUUUGCUCUCUCUCUCUAAAGGAACGGUUCUGUUAAUGAGGCGUCUGAACAGAUAGAGUCUGCGUCCCAAAUGGCACCCUAUUCCCUAUUUAGUGUACUACGUUUGAGAAAGUAGUGCUCUAUAAAAGUAAUGCACUAUAUAGGGAAAAGGGUGCCAUUCAGGACACAGACAUAGGCAUGUCUGACUGAAAGGAAAUGCUUUAGUUGGUUUGGCUGCAGCUGCUUGCAUUAGACGUUUGACAGGUGAUUUAUUUAGGCGAAUUGAGUGACAGGGAUGUUGCAUUAUUCAGGAGAAACAUACAAUAGUAAUUACAACCUGAUAACGCUAUAAACUACCUUGUCAUUCAGGCAUUAGACAGCUAUUCCUAAUGAUCUCUAAACAUAAUGGAUAAUGCAGAUUGAUGAACUAAAUGUUUUUUUUCCAUUUAGGCAGACCUCAGCACAAAAACACAUUACUGGCUAACUGGCAGUGAAAGUGUUCCCAACGCAAUUAGCAAACUGAAAGCCACGGCAAUUACACAGACCAAUGUGCUAUCCUAGAAUUUGAAAUAACACAUAUUUCAGGCUCUACAUAUCUUAGAAUUAGAAAUAAUAAAUCCGUCAUUUCAUAGGAUUUGAAAUAAUAGAUCAACUUCUGCAAGGCUGAGACAGAGACGUGAGAGAGAGUGGAUCUCCUCUCCACUCAGAGGGUGAAGAUAAUAUAGCUCUUAUGAUACAUACAGAAAACAUUCAAACAAGUGUUUCCAUUAUUUUGGCAGAUCCCUGUAUGUGCAUGCUAUGGUCAAUAAUACUGACAAACCGUAUGUAAACACGUCAGUCUCUGAAACAUGCUCAGGAUAACAGCUUGAUCACUGUGUAAUGGCUUCUAUAAUGGCCUGCUAUACACAACACCUGUCUCGACAAGCCAUCCACCAUCAGAACGAGAUAGGAUUAGAGAGCUGGUCUGUGGCUGCAUGACUCUUAUCUAACCUAAAGUGAUGAUCUGUCACACACACACACACACACACACACACACACACACACACACACACACACACACACACAGGCUUAAUGUGAUGACCUGUCAUGCAUAUGGAGCAGCUAGCUUUUGUCACACAUCUAUCUCAGGGACCAGGCCUGAAACAGCUCCCACUCUCCAAUACACACACACACACACACAGCAGAAACACACACAACACAAGCACACACAACACACACACACAGACUUCUGUGUGCAGAAUAAGUGGCAAUGUUACUGGUGAAUUGUAGGAUCUAUAGAGUAGACUUAAACACAUCAAUGAGCAGGCCACUCUGAAAGUCUUUAGUCAUUCUAAAUGAUGCUGUCUGCCCCUCUGUUCUCUUUUCAGUCCUCCCUGGAGUACACAGACAGGCCCUAUAGAUGUUACGUCCCAAAUUACACCCUAUUCCUUACAUACAGUAGUGCAUUACUUUUGACCAGGGCCCAUAGUGCACUGUAUAGGGAACAGGGUGCUAUUUGGGACGCAUCCAGUGUCCUCUCCUCCUGACAUGGUACUGCAGAGGCAUCCAGUGAUGGGGGGACUGUGAGCCAGACACAACAUGUGCUUAGCGUACUAAACAUCUACUUGACUGACUAUCAGUGAGUUGAGGUGGGAGCCUGGGUCCUGUGAGCUGACUGAGUGACAAAGGGACCAUCACACACAGAUAGAUUAGAUCUCCCCUUUAAAACACAUUUAGAGGGUUGGGGAUCUAUCUGUCUCUGCCAAACCCUCUUGCCCUAAAACACCUUUAGGGUGCAUCCCAAAUGGCACCCUGUUCUCUACAUAGUGCAUUACUUUUGACCAGAGCCACUAUAUAGGAAAUAGGGUGACAUUUGGGACACACACUUAGAGUGGCUGUUGACCCCCUCCAUGGCACACCCCUACUCUCACCCCCAUCCUAUCCACCCAUCCCUCCCUGGCUUAUCCAGUCUGAACUCUGUCCCCCUUUAUGCCAGAGAGGCUGACAUAGGUCGCAUCCCAAAUGGAACCCUAUUCCCUUUAUAGUGGACUACUUUUAAUCAGAGCCCUAUGGUCCCUAGUCAAAAUUAGUGCACUAUAUAGGGAAUAGGGUGCCAUUUGGGACACUGACAUAUUGUUGUAGUGAAGUAAUGAUGUAUUGGCAUAGGGUCAGGUUCAGGGUUGAGAUAAGAAUAACUCAGACCCUGACAUAAAUCAUUCAUUGAUGUCAAUGAGAGACUCAACAUGUAAAAAUUUUUGAGUUAUGGGAUCAAGUCAGAUGUCAAGUCAGAAUGCCGCCCAUAGUAAUGUAGUGAUGUAGAGAUAUAGUCUGUUUCCCAAAUAGUAUCCUAUUCUUUACAGUGCACUACUUUUGACCAGAGCCCUAUGGGCCCUGGGCACCCUAUUCCCUAUUUAGUGCAAUACUUUUUAACAUUUGACCAGGGCUCGCGUAGGGCUAUGGUCAAAUGUAGUGCACUAUAUAGGGAAUAGGGUGCCAUUUCAGACGCAGCCCCUGUGAGUCAAAAAGUUGAGUUAUGUGCGCAGAUCUCAAGUGAAAAUAAGGCCCAUAGUGAUGCAGAGAUAUCGAGAUGUAUGAUGUUAGUGAUAUAAUGCUGUAUUGAUGUAGCAGCUAAUGAUAGGGCAUCUCCCUGCCUGUUGCUGUUGCAGCUGGAUGCUGAGGCCAGUGAACUACUGAAGGAACUGCAGAACAAACUCAACACCGUGCUGGAUGAGCUCAGUGCAGUCUUCGGCUCCAGGUGUGUGUGGGGGGGGUGGGGUUCUGUGUGUGUGUGUGUGUGUGUGUCUGUGUGUGUGUUUUUGUGGCUGUUUCUGUUACUGUGUGUGUCUGUGGUCUGUGUGUGUCUGUGGUCUGUGUGUAUCUGUGGUCUGUGUGUAUCUGUGGUCUGUGUGUGUCUGUGGUCUGUGUGUAUCUGUGGUAUGUGUGUGUCUGUGGUCUGUGUGUAUCUGUGGUCUGUGUGUGUCUGUGGUCUGUGUGUAUCUGUGGUCUGUGUGUAUCUGUGGUCUGUGUGUAUCUGUGGUCUGUGUGUAUCUGUGGUCUGUGUGUAUCUGUGGUCUGUGUGUGUCUGUGGUCUGUGUGUCUGUGUGUAUCUGUGGUCUGUGUGUGUCUGUGGUCUGUGUGUGUCUGUGGUCUGUGUGUAUCUGUGGUCUGUGUGUAUCUGUGGUCUGUGUGUAUCUGUGGUCUGUGUGUAUCUGUGGUCUGUGUGUAUCUGUGCUAACCAUGUGUUAUUUCCCUGUCCAGUUUCAAGCCGGUGAUUGAGGACUGUGUAAAACAGAUGAACCAGGAGUUAGUCCAGAUGAAGGGGAGUGCUGCAGGGAAGAGCAACGCUGCCAUGGAUGCUGAGACCGUCCUCAGACCACUCAUGGACCUCCUGGAUAAAAAGUAGGUCCCUAUAUGCAUAUUAUCAGCUGGCUUAGAGGUUAGUAACCAGUAGCCUAUCCAUGGAUCUCCUGGAUAAAAAGUAGGUUUCUGUUUACACCUUUGAGUUAAUAUUGUAACCAGUUAGCCAAGAAGUGAGAGGGUGGGUUAGUAACCCGUUAGUUGAGAGGUUAGUAAACCCUCAUGCAACUCCUGGAUACAAAGUAGCUGUUUGUUUUCACCAUGGAGUUACUGAGGAUUUAUAUUGUGAGACUCAGUAGGUGUCUGAAUGCAUGUGGCAGUUAUCCUAGUGGUUGGAGCUUUGGGUUAGUUAACCAGUUAGCCUAGUGGUUGGAGCUUUGGGUUAGUUAACCAGUUAUCCUAGAGGUUGGAGCUUUGGGUUAGUUAACCACUUAUCCUAGUGGUUGGAGCUUUGGGUUAGUUAACCAGUUAUCCUAGAGGUUGGAGCUUUGGGUUAGUUAACCAGUUAGCCUAGAGGUUGGAGCUUUGGGUUAGUUAACCAGUUAUCCUAGAGGUCGGAGCUAGAGGUCUGCAUGGAACUGAUGUAUUCAUCCCUCUCCCUCUCCCUCUCCCUCUCCCUCUCCCUCUCCCUCUCCCUCUCCCUCUCCCUCUCCCUCUCCCUCUCCCUCUCCCUCUCCCUCUCCCUCUCCCGCUCCCACCCACACCCGCUGGCUUUCUGUCUGACUCCCACCUGCUAGAGCAAGAACUGGUCCCAAACCCAACCGCAGUCCUGUAAUGUUAUUUUAGGCAUAGGCCUAUGUGACGACGCAGCUCACUUGCCAGCAGCCAUGGUCGCAGCCAUUUUGAAACCUAUAGGCAAUAUCAAAAUGUGCAAAAAUAACUGAACAUAUAGGUUCAUGGUUGUGGGAAGAUGGGAGGGGGGGUUGCGGGGGGUCGGGGGAUUUCUCUCCCUGCUCUGUGAAUUCUGAGUGUGUGAAUAAUGCAACAAAGAUGUGUUUAUAAUACAGUAGGUAGGUUAAAGCAUACCAAGCAGAAAGACAACCGUUUCCAAAUAUACUGCGGGACAAACAAAAAUAAUUGAAUCUGACCGCCCGCUCCCAACCGCAGCAUGAAAAAUGCAGACCGCCCCGCAAUGAUCUCUGUCAGGACACAAUCUCUGAUCUCUGUCAGGACACAAUCUCUGAUCUCUGAUCUCUGCAGCCCUCUAGUUGCAGCCUUGGGUUAGGUAACCAGUUAACCAGUUAGCCUAGUACAGGGUUCCCCAACUGGCGGUCCACAAGCCACGUUUUCUGAGCAAAUACAAUUAUAAUAAUUAUUAUUAUAAUUGUGGAAAUCUGUUCCAAAGUAUUCCCAUGCAUAAUAUAUAUUCCCACUCAUAAUAGAGAUACACCAACAUAAAGUGUCUUAAUAGGGUGUUGGGCCUUCACGAGCCGGAACAACUUCAAUGCACCUUGGCAUAGAUUCUACACGUGUCUGGAACUCUAUUGGAGGGAUGCGACACCAUUCUUCCACUGGAAAUUCCAUCAUUUGGUGUUUUGUCGAUGGCGCCGCUCCAGAAUCUCCCAUAAGUGUUCAAUUGGGUUGUGAUCUGAUGACUGAGACGGCCCUGGCAUAUGGUUUACAUCGUUUUCAUGCUCAUCAAACUAAUCAGUGACCACUCGUGUCCUUUGGAUGGGGGCAUUGUCAUAUUAUGGGGGCAAAGCCAUGGUAGCCAAAAUAAUGGCCAGCCCAGAAUUUGUAUACAUGACCCCUAAGCAUGAUGGGAUGUUAAUUGCUUAAUUAACUCAGGAACCACACCUGUGUGGAAGCACCUGCUUUCAAUAUACUUUGUAUCCCUCAUUUACUCAAGUGUUUCCUUUAAUUUGGCAGUUACCUGUAUAUGUGAUUGUAUACAAAUGUAAGCAAGGUUUGAAAUUAUUAUGUUUUAGUCAAAUAUUAUAUCUGUUUGGGAUUAUUGCUGUCAAUUUGCCGUCUACAAAUGAUUUGUAAUAAUGUUACGGCCUCCUGACCAUCAGCUCAAGAAAAAAUCGGCCUGCGGCUGAAUCAAGUUGAUGAUCCCUGUCCUAGCAGUUCUAGAGUAGGUCCCAUGCUGUGUAAAGGCAGGAUGAUAUGGCUCUAUUCCACAUCAGAAUAAUCAGUCUGGAGGUGUUUUGGAUACACUGGAUUCAAUAUCAAUACUGAUGUAACCACUCCCCCUGCAGUAAAGAAACACACACACAAAAAACACAAACACACACACACAAACAUACACACACAAACAUACACACACACAUGCGCACUGAAAAACAUGUCAGUGUUUUUCUGUGUGUGUACAUGCGUCUGUGUUUGUUCUUUGUGUUAAUUUGUGUUUUCUAUAGGGUAGGUGUUUCUCAGUGUGUUUAGGUGUGUGUGUGCGUGUGUGUGUGUGCGUGUAUGAGUGCCUGUGUGCCUUUGUGUGUUUGUUAUUGGUGUAGGUGUUUCUCUACUUCAGAGUGGUAACAUCCAUAUUGAUAUUCAAUCCAGUAUUCACCAGGGAGCUGUAUGUAUUUCAACAUUAUCUUGUAGGCCAUCUUCUCUACUCUGGCAUCCACCCCUGAAAGAGUGUGUGUGUGUGUGUGUGGUGUGUGUUUGCUUGUAUGUGUGUGUGUGUGUGUGUGUGUGUAUGUGUGUGUGUGUGUGUGUGUGUGUAAGCUGUGAUUCUCUCUCAGACACUCACAGCAACAUCGAGGCCAGUGGGGUAUUACAGUAGAAUCCUCUUAAUACUAUGCAAAAACUAAAUCCUUUCUCCUAUCUCCUUAGCCAAUGUUUUCCAUUCACUGAGAUUAUAAUGUAAAGCUGAUGCAUUUAUUCCACAUAUCAUGGCUUUUUGAACUUCACACGUGAUUGUGUUUGUCCAUGUUUGAUCCUGUUGUCUUCCUAUAGGCCCUGUGGCUUGACGUAUGUGGCGUGUAACGUUUGAACGUGUUAAAGGGACAUUUCACUCAUACAUUAAAGUUUGUCAGAUGUUUUCAGACUUCUAAAGUAGUCUAACGUCUAGAUGAAACCAUGUCCCACAACAUCAGUUGUGGAAAUUCAGCUAUAUGCCUCAAUCACAAAUAAAUAAAAAAGAUAAGCACUGUCUAAUUCCCUGGUUUUCCUGGUUUAUUCUAUGCUUAUCUUUGGGGUGGAUCUACACAACUGAUGUCGUGGGACGGGGUUUCAUCUUGGCAUUAGACUACUUUAGAGGUCUCAAAACAUCUCAAAAACGUUGAUUUGAAAGUCUAAUGUCCCUUUAACUUGAUUGUGUUUCUGCUGUGGUUUUAGAUCUGACUUUGACUGUUGGCUUUGCUCUGUUCUGCUCUGCUCUGUCUCUGUUCUGCUCUGUCUCUGUUUCUGUUCUGUCUCUGCUCUGUCUCUACUCUGUCUCUGUUUCUGCUCUGUCUCUGCUCUGUCUCUGCUCUGUCUCUGCUCUGUCUCUGCUCUGUCUCUGCUCUGUUUCUGUUCUGUCUCUGCUCUGUCUCUGCUCUGUCUCUGCUCUGUCUCUGCUCUGUCUCUGCUCUGUUUCUGUUCUGUCUCUGCUCUGUCUCUGUUCUGUCUCUGCUCUGCUCUGUCUCUGUCUCUGCUCUGCUCUGCUCUGUCUCUGCUCUGCUCUGUCUCUGCUCUGUCUCUGCUCUGCUCUGCUCUGCUCUGUCUCUGCUCUGCAGUUUGAUUUUAUUCGCAAAGAUCUGUGAGAAGACGGUGUUGAAACGAGUCCUGAAGGAACUGUGGAAGAUCGUCCUCAACACCAUUGAGAGAAUGAUAGUCUUACCACCUCUCAAUGACCAGAAUGUGAGAUGUUAUGUUAUAUACACCAAACACACACACACACACACACACACACACACACACAGACAUACAACACCAACAACACCAUGGAGAGACAGAUAGACCACUGUAAGCCAUGAAUCUAUUCUAACCAUGAUGGCAGUACCUCUUACACUAGAGCAGAAGUAGGUUGCCAUGGUUCUGGAGUGCUACAGGUACUGCACUGUUUACUUGCCCCCAACAGGCACCAAAUGAGAUAAUUGGCCAAUAUCAGAGCUGGGCUAAAUUCCACCUACUUUACCUGGUCUCUUUUAGGACUGAAGCAAAAAACUAUCUAACAGAGAAAUCAGUACAGUGCAGUAUCUGUAACAUUUCAGGACCAGCGUUGCCUACCUCUCUACCUCUGGCUGAAAUGUCCUCUAGGCUGUAUAUACACACACACACACACACACACACACACACACACACACACAAACACACAAACACACACAAAUAUGUACAAAACACAGACACACCAUAGAGGAUAAGAUGGUGUCUCCUUUUCUCUUUGUGUGUCAGUCAUGCAGGAAAUGUUAGUUAAGCCUGGAUAGAGGAAUGAAAAGCCAAAACCUGCUUUUCUAACCAACAGGCAACACUGACCAGGCUGACAACACCCAGAAGGGAUGUUCUCAAACACACACACACACAGUCUUGUAUAACUAACCUUUUGGGGACACAAUUCUGUCCUGAUCAAAAUCCUAUUUUCCCUAACCCCUAACCCUAACCUAACCCUAACCUUUACCCCAAAACCUAACCUUAACCCUAACCCUAAACCUAAUUCUAACCCUAACACUAACACUAAUUCUAACCUUAACCCUAAACCCCCUAGAAAUAGCAUUUUACCUUUUGGGGACUAACAAAAUGUCCCCAGUUGGUCCCAAAAAAAACGUUUACUAUUCUUGGGGAGACUUCUGGUCCCCACAAGUAUAGUGAAACACGUCCAUAGACACACACACACAAACAACAAAAAACGAUUUCCUUUACUGUACCACCUUCGUGUUUCCUUUCACAUUAUAUUCAGUAUGUAAAGGCUUCAAAGGUGUAUAUAUACAAUAUAACCCUGUCUGUCUGUCUUUUCUCCUCACAGCAAGGAGCCCAGAUGAUUUUCAGUGCUGCCAAGGACCUGGGACAGCUAUCCAAACUCAAGGUAGGUCUGGGGCGUUCAUGACACCUUACACACCAUGAGUGUGUGUGUGUGCGUGCAUUUGAGUGUGUGUGUGUGUGUGUGUGUGUGUGUGUGUGUGUGUGUGUGUGUGUGUGUGUGUGUGUGUGUGUGUGUGUGUGUGUGUGUGUGUGUGUGUGUGUGUGUGUGUGUGUGUGUGUGUGUGUGUGUGUGUGUGUGUGAGAGAGAUAAAAACAGAGUUGAAUAGGCACUACUGGGUGAUCUGAAAAGUCAAAGUCAAUCAAUCAAUACUAUAAUAAUACUUUUAGCAAAAAUGUUUAUUUUCAAUUUACAAUCUGUAGAAACAAUGAGAAUAGAAGGGUUCAGAACUUUUGUGAAACAUCACAGUACAGUUGAAAAAUAUAUGGCAAAUAGAAAUCCAAUAUGGAUGGUGUUAAGAGAUAGAUGGGAUGUGUUGAAUGGAGUUGAAGGAUGGGACUAACAACAACUAAUAACAACAAGAUAACUAAUGUAAAGCAUACUGUGUCCAUAAUAAGGAUAUAGGUUAUAGGUUGAGAGCUUUUGUGAAAGAGCACAGUUAGAAAGAUAUGGCAUAUAGAAGAAAACCGGAUGGACAUCAUGAAAAUGAUCGGAGAGGUUGAGGGUAGAGGAAAUUCAGGAGUAAAAACAAACAAAAUAGAAUUAUUGUAAAAUUGACUGUGUCCAUAAAAUGUAUAUAGUAUGUAUAAGCUGGAAGUAGAGGCCUAAGCAUUGUUGUUCGCUAGUUUACUCCAAUUAGGGAAGGGGUGGUAGGGUUGGAAAGUAAUAAAAAAGGAUAUGUGCAUAUACAGUUGAAGUCGGAAGUUUACAUACACUUAGGUUGGAGUCAUUAAAACUAGUUUUUCAACCACUACACAAAUGUCUUGUUAACAAACUAUAGUUUGUUAGUUAGGACUACUUUGUACAUGACACAAGUAAUUUUUCCAACAAUUCUUUACAGACAGAUUAUUUCACUUAGAAUUCACUGUAUCACAAUUCCAGUGGGUCAGAAGUUUACUUACACUAAGUUGACAGUGCCUUUAAACAGCUUGGAAAAUUCCAGAAAAUGAUGUCAUGGCUUUAGAAGCUUCUGAUAGGCUAAUUGACAUCAUUUGAGUCAAUUGGUGGUGUACCUGUGGAUGUAUUUCAAGGCCUACCUUCAAGCUCAGUGCCUCUUUGCUUGACAUCAUGGGAAAAUCAAAAUAAAUCAGCCAAGACCUCAGAAAAAUAAUUGUAGACCUCCACAAGUCUGGUUCAUCCUUGGGAGCAAUUUCCAAAUGCCUGAAGGUACCACGUUCAUCUGUACAAACAAUAGUACGCAAGUAUAAACACCAUGGGACCACGCAGCCGUCAUAACGCUCAGGAAGGAGACGCAUUCUGUCUCCUAGAGAUGAACGUACUUUGGUGCGAAAAGUGCAAAUCAAUCCCAGAACAACAGCAAAGGACCUUGUGAAAAUGCUGGAGGAAACAGGUACAAAAGUAUCUGUAUCCAUAGUAAAACGAGUCCUAUAUCGACAUAACCUGAAAGGCCGCUCAGCAAGGAAGAAGCCACUGCUCCAAAACUGCCAUAAAAAAGCCAGAAUAUGGUUUGCAACUGCACAUGGGGACAAAGACAUCAGUCAGGAAGUUCAAGCAUGGUCGCAAAUGGGUCUUCCAAAUGGACAAUGACCCCAAGCAUACUUCCAAAGUUGUGACAAAAUGGCUUAAGGACAACAAAGUCAAGGUAUUGGAGUGGCCAUCACAAAGCUCUGACCUCAAUCCUAUAGAACAUUUGUGGGCAGAACUGAAAAAGUGUGUGCGAGCAAGGAGGCCUACAAACCUGACUCAGUUACACCAGCUCUGUCAGGAGGAAUGGGCCAAAAUUCACCCAACUUAUUGUGGGAAGCUUGUGGAAGGCUACCCGAAACGUUUGACCCAAGUUAAACAAUUGAAAGGCAAUGCUACCAAAUACUAAUUGAGUGUAUGUAAACUUCUGACCCACUGGGAAUGUGAUGAAAGAAAUAAAAGCUGAAAUAAAUUAUUCUCUCGACUAUUAUUCUGACAUUUCACAUUCUUAAAAUAAAGUGGUGAUCCUAACUGACCUAAGACAGGGAAUUUUUACUAGGAUUAAAUGUCAGGAAUUGUGAAAAACUGAGUUUAAAUGUAUUUGGCUAAGGUGUAUGUAAACUUCCGACUUCAACUGUAUAUGUAUGUAUAUGUAUUUAUAUGUAUGAGUAUGUAUAUGUAUAUGUGUAUAUAUACAUUCCUUCCAGUUCUCUGCUGCCAAUGACUGGAACGAAUUGCAAAAAUCUCUGAAGCUGGAGACUCUUAUCUCCCUCACUAACUUUAAGCAUCAGUUGUCAGAGCACCUUACCGAUCACUGCACCUGUACACAGCCCAUCUGAAAUUAGCCCACCCAACUACCUCAUCCCUAUAUUGUUAUUUAUUUUGCUCUUUUGCACCCCAGUAUCUCUAUUUGCACAUAAUCUCUUGCACAUCUAGCAUUCCAGUGUUAAUACUAAUUGUAAUUAUUUUGCACUAUAGCCUAUUUAUUGCCUUACCUCCAUAACUUGCUACAUUUGCACACACUGUAUAUAUAUUUUCUGUUGUAUUUUUUUUGACUUUAUGUUUUUUUACCCCAUAUGUAACUCUGUGCUGUUGUUUUUAUCGCACUGCUUUGCUUUGUCUUGGCCAGGUCGCAGUUGUAAAUGAGAACUUGUUCUCAACUGGCUUACCUGGUUAAAUAAAGGUGAAAAAAAAAAAAAAAAAAACUUUUUUAUAUAUAUAAAUGCGAGAUGAAAAACGUAUGGGAGAUUAGAAGUGAUGCAGACAAUUACAUUGAUGGAAGUUACAAUCUAUCUGCAAUAUUAAAGCUGAUCUACCCCCUAAAGAAAAAAAUCAACGUACAUCCUCCAGAGCAGUAGAUCUGUGUUAGUUGGUUAGUUCCCAUAGUGAUUACAUCCAGAUUGAGGUAAUCUCUGCUAAGCCAGCCCACUCCUCUCCUACACUAGUCAUGCAACUUCACUUCAUGCUAUAAACCCAUGACUAAACAGGCCAAGUGUUCAUCAUAUUAUGUAAUCGUGGUUGCUUUCCAAUCCGUCUACAGUUGAACUGUUUUUAAUGUUAGAUAAAGUCCCUUUAUCUCUGCUCCUAAGUAAAAGAUCUUCCCACAGUUACAAUCUUUGAUCACAGUCGCUCUUCUCAUUUCAUGUUCCAAGAGGCACAGCAGAAAGAUAGGGAGACAGCAUUGUGUCUGUAAUGCACCAUGAUUGAGGAGCAAUUUGCAAGCAACUGUACUGUCGCUGUCUGUACUGUUUUGCUGUAUUCUCCUGCUGAAUCAAAUAAUCUGAUCUCACAAUGUGUUUACCAUCUCAGGAACCACAUUAAUAAUACACUGUAAAGGGGUUGCCAUGAAUUUGACAGUAGCUUACAGGCAGCUCGGUGGCCAGUAAAAUUAAGUAUUUUAUAUUACAGUAUGCCUCAAAAUAUGUUAAUGAGCAAGAAACAACAAUACCAUGUACCCACUAGUGGUCAAAAUGUUUUUGGCGCUCCAAAGAUAUGGUACGGUACUGUAUUCUCGGUGGAAUUACAGUACCAUUUUAAAUAUAGCAAUUUUCCCACAGUGCUCCAUAAUUUACAGUAUGCUGCAGAAACAUAUUUUUGUUUUACUGUUGAUAAUUCCUAAAAUGAAUGUAUAAAUUACAGUUUUCCAUGACAGUGUACAUAGCAAUCUUAUCAUAUGCGAACAUCUGAAAUGUAAUCUGGCUGUGUGUGUGUGUGUGUGUGUGUGUGUGUGUGUGUGUGUGUGUGUGUGUGUGUGUGUGUGUGUGUGUGUGUGUAUGUGUGUGUGUAUCCUCUCCAAGAAGAAUGUUAUGGAAACAUGUAUUAAUGAAUUGCUCUCUUUCUGUUCUCUCCUCUGUAGGACCAUGUGAUCAGAGAGGAAGCCCGUAGCCUGACACCAAGACAGUGUGCAGCCAUGGACCUUGUCCUUCCCACCAUCAAGGUAAUGGAGAGAUCUCGCUCUGUCUAUCCAUCCCUCUCUCCCCCCCUCCAUCUGUCUCUCCCUCCAUCCGUCUCGCCCACCAUCCCUCUCUCUUUCCGUCUAUCCCUCUCUUCCUCCAUCCCUUUCGGCCUCCAUCCAUCCCUCCCAUCCCUCCAUCCCUUCCUCUCUCAAUCCAUCCGUGCCUCCUACAUCCCUCCCUCCCUUUCACCUUCCAUCCCUACCCUCAUUCCUUUCUCCCUCUAACCAUCCCUGCCUACCUUUCUCCGUCCCUGAAUAGAAAUGUUGUGGAAAGAGAGAUGGACAGGGUUUUAACAGGGUAGUAGGGUUGUAAUGAGAGUUUACCUAAAGGAUAGUUGUAGAGUGGUGGCUGUUUUAACAGGGUAGUAGGGUUGUAUUGAAAGUUUACCUAAAGGAUAGUUGUAGAGCAGUGGCGGUCAGUGCUGUUUAAGAUGAGGGAGGACGAUUUUCUUUCAUGAGCAUGGCCUUAUUUCUAUUACAGCAUAUUGGAUGACUCAUUCAUAUUCCAUUCACCCAGUUCAAUUUACAGCGAUAGGUUUACGCUACUACAUGAUACUCGAAGUUUCCCUAUACCCAUCACUAGCCUAUGAGUGAAAGUUUAAACGCUGGUGCAAACAGGUCGAGAGAUUUGAGGUGACAGACAGUCACAUUCAAUACCGCCUUGCACACCCUUGCCUGCAUCUAUCUGAUAUAGGGUGUAAUCAAUAGUCCAACAGUUGCAAACGAGAGUUUCAAUUUGACAAAUUCAGGUAUGUUUAUCCCCGUUUUGUUCCAUUUGCUUCCGUUUAAGAAACGUUUUUCAACAGAAUCGGCAGAAUGAAUACACCCUGAUCACGCGUAAACAGAGUUCACUCUCAUAACAGCCACAUUCCUUCUCUUCCCUUUGCUUGUGGACUUCAAUGCACAACAAAUCAGCUGAAUGUGACCAGGUGAAAAAACCUUUCCAAGCCAAACCUCUACAAACAGUCUACAUCGUUGUCACCAUAUUAGCUAAAGUAACGUCAUAGUCAGCAUAGAUAAUAUAACUAACGCGUUAGCAAACCCGCUACAAUCAUGCAGUAACGUAAGUGUACAAUCAGUAAGCAGUUACACCGGCGGGGCCCGGUGGCAAUAAAUUAGUAAUACCAAAAGCUUACCUUGACUUGGAAGAGUUCCAGUGUUGUGUUGGAAAGUCAUAGCAAGCUAGAUAACAUAGCAUCCCUCUGUUUGAGCAGGGUGUUUCAGUAAGCUAAACUAGCUAGCUGCAUUUGCUAGCUAAGUAAGUGAAUCUGCAAGUGAAAAAAAAUAACGAAAUCUUUCUCUCUCUAUUUAUCUCUUGCUUCUCCUUCAUUUUGGAAUAAAUUAAUUUGUUCAAACUGUUCAACUAUUGUCUUUCUCUCUCUUUGAGUUAACUACUCAUCACAUUUUAUACACUGCAGUGCUAGCUAGCUGUAGCUUAUGCUUUCAGUACUAGUUUAAUUAUCUGAUCCUUUGACUGGGUGGACAACAUGUCAGUUCAUGCUGCAAGAGCUCUGAUAGGCUGGAGGACAUCCUCCGGAAGUUGUCAUAAUUACUGUGUAAGUCUAUGGAAGGGGGUGAGAAUCAUGAGCCUCCUAGGUUUUGUAUUGAAACCAAUGUACCCAGAGGAGGACAGAAGCUAGCUGUCCUCCAGCUACACCAUGGUGCUACCAUACAGAGUGCUGUGGAGGCUACUGUAGACCUUCUUUGCAAAAUAGUGUGUUUUAAUCAGUUAUUUGUUAACGUGAUUAUAUUUAGUAUAGUUUUAACUUUAUGUUUUAUGAUAUUCACUGAGGAGGAUGGUCCUCCCCUUCCUCCUCUGAGGAGCCUCCACUGUUGUAGAGUGGUGGCUGUUUUAACAGGGUAGUAGGGUUGUAAGAGAGUGGAGGUCUUUAAGAGGAGUAGCAGUGCUGAGAGGAGUCGAUGCAGUCAGUAAGUGCUUCCCAAAUGGCACCCUAUUCCCUACAUAGUGCACUACUUUUGACCAGAGCCUUUUGGGUGCCAUUUGGGAUGAAGACAGUUCAGACCGGGGUCUGUGUGAACACUCAACGCAGCGCCGUGAAACAGAAUCUAAUUGAUUCCUACAUCUCCAUGGACACCAGCUCCCUGUUUAGAUCAGUCAUGCUGUGGAAUUCUCUCCAUCAGUAUUCCGAGGAGAAUGUCCAAUUAGAGGAGUUGAGUAAUGCCUCCAGGAGACUCUGGCCAAUCACAGUUAAGUAAUACCUUUAGGUGGAAGAGAUACACAGGCUGCAUGCAGGACUGGUUAAAGACUUAAAGGAAGAGAGAGGGGAGGGAGAGAUGGGGGAGAGAGACUAGCAGAGAUACACAGGCUGAAUGCAGGACUGGUUAAAGACUUAAAGGGAGAGAGGGGGGAGGGAGAGAUGGGGGAGAGAGACUAGCAGAGAUACACAGGCUGAAUGCAGGACUGGUUAAAGACUUAAGGGAGAGAGGGGGGAGGGAGAGAUGGGGGAGAAAGACUAGCAGAGAUACACAGGCUGAAUUCACUGCUGGUUAAAGACUUAAAGGGAGAGAGGGGGGGGGAGGGAGAGAUGGGGGAGAGAGACUAGCAGAGAUACACAGGCUGAAUGCAGGACUGGUUAAAGACUUAAAGGGAGAGAGGGGGGAGGGAGAGAUGGGGGAGAGAGACUAGCAGAGAUACACAGGCUGAAUGCAGGACUGGUUAAAGACUUAAGGGAGAGAGGGGGGAGGGAGAGAUGGGAGAGAGAGACUAGCAGAGAACCAGGUGAUGCAGGACUGUAAGACUUAAGGGAGAGAGGGGGGAGGGAGAGAUGGGGAGAGAGUAGCAGAGAUCCAGGCUGAUGCAGGAUGGUAAGGGGGGGGAGGUGGAGAGGGGGCAGGAGGGAGGUGGAGAGGGGGGCAGGAGGGAGGUGGAGAGGGGGGCAGGAGGGAGGUGGAGAGGGGGGCAGGAGGGAGGUGGAGAGGGGGGCAGGAGGGAGGUGGAGAGGGGGGCAGGAGGGAGGUGGAGAAGAGGGAGGUGGAGAGGGGUACAGGAGGGAGGUGGAGAGGGGGGCAGGAUGGAGGUGGAGAGGGGUACAGGAGGGAGGUAGAGAGAGGGGAGGGGGAGGUAGAGAGAGGGGAGGGGGAGGUAGAGAGAGAGAGAGAGGAGAGGGGGGGGGGUAGAGAGAGGGGAUGACAGAGAGGGGGAGGAAGGGAAAUUGAUAGGGCGGUAGUUAGGGAGAGGGAUAGAGAGAGGGAAAGAGACAGAAAAAGAAAUGGAACAAAAAGGAUUGGAAUUCUGAAGAGGAAACAUUUGUAUGGUGUUAAAUGUAGUGCUGAAAAGCAAAACCAUUAAAUGAUUUAUCCGGUGUUGGUGAGAUGAUAAUAUGAUACACCUAUUCGUGUAUGUGACAAAAAAUGUUUUGUUGUGGAUGUUAUUGUUGGUGUUGUAUGGACCAGUUCUUGGAGUUGGUGUUGUAUGGACUAGCUCUUGGAGUUGGUGUUGUAUGGACUAGCUCUUGGAGUUAGUGUUGUAUGGACUAGCUCUUGGAGUUAGUGUUGUAUGGACUAGCUCUUGGAGUUAGUGUUGUAUGGACCAGCUCUUGGAGUUAGUGUUGUAUGGACCAGCUCUUGGAGUUAGUGUUGUAUGGACCAGCUCUUGGAGUUAGUGUUGUAUGGACCAGCUCUUGGAGUUAGUGUUGUAUGGACUAGCACUUGGAGUUGGUGUUGUGUUGGAUACGUCUUUGAUGGUUUCUCUGCCAUUCUUCCCCCAUCAACACCAACAGUAUCUACAGAGUGAAUCUGGGCUGUGCCUUUUCUGCCGAGGCAGCAGAGCUACAGAGCUUAGUCCCAAAUGGCACUGUAUGCCCUAAGUAGGACACUACUUUUGAUCAGAAGUAGUUUGCUAUAGGUAAUAGGAUGUCAUUUGGGACACAGAGCCACAGCACUUAGGAUCAUUUACUCUGAGCAGCUUUGGCUCAUUGACUCAACCCACUGUUUUCAGACUAUAUCCGCCUGAUGAUGAUAUGCCAUAAUGCAUCAGUGACUGGAUUAUAUCUGAACAUUACUUCCUUGUUCCAGAGCACAUGGAGGAUGACCUGUGAACUCAUAAACUCCAGUGAGGUGGAGAGUGUGUGUGUGUGUGUGUGUGUGUGUGUGUGUGUGUGUGGACGUGUUUAACUAUACUUGUGGGAACCAGAAGUCCCCACAAGAAUAGUAAACAAACUAAAAUUUGACCAACUGAGGACAUUUUGUUAGUCCCCACAAGGUCAAAUGCUAUUUCUAGGGGGUUUAGGGUUAAGUUUAGAAUUAGUGUUAGUGUUAGAAUUAGGUUUAGGAGCUAGGGAUAGUUUUAGGGUUAGGGUUAGGAGCUCGGAUUAGGGUUAGGGUUAGGGUUAGGGUUAAGGUUAGGUUUUGGGGUUAAGGUUAGGGAUAGAGUUAGGGAAAAUAGGAUUUUGAAUGGGAUGUAAUUUUGUGUCUCCACAAGGUUAGUUGUACAAAACUCUGUGUGUGUGUGUGUGCUCAUGAACUCAUAAACUCUAGUGGGGUGGAGAGUGUGUGGGGGUGGUAUAUGUAUAUGUGGCAGAGGUGGCAGGGCUUGAAGCAAUUAUCCUCUGUCUUAAUGCAACACUACACAGUACAUAGUUAUUAGGCCUACUGCUGCCAGCCUGGAUAAGCAUACAUAGUUAUUACCUCUUCCACACUGUCUUCCACACAGUCUGGUCUGAAGAUGUGAAAAGUACAUGAACUCUGUACGUGUUUUAUCUGGUCUGCGUGUACCCGAAUUGGAUUGGUAACCUCACUCCUCAGAUUGAAAUGCCUUGAAUUGCUAGCUUUUUUGGUGGUGUAGCUGGCUAAGACGUUGUCAAGAGGGCUGUCACGUGUGUUUGCGAGACAGAGGACCUGAGAUGAAGUUGCGGAUUUGUGAGGGAGGAAGAUGUAUUGUUAAGUAAGCAGUUUGACAACUGUUACAUAAGCAAACAUGCUUAUUAUCUCUCCCACACAGUCUCCUAUAUUUACAUUUACAUUUACAUCAUUUAGCAGACGCUCUUAUCCAGAGCAACUUACAAAUUACAGUCUGGUCGGAAGGCUGAAAAGUACAUGAACUCGGUGAAUGUGGUGAAUGAAAGCUUACCCAAGUAAACUUCAGCUCAGCUUUAACAAAAAGGGUAAUCAGGUGCUCAACUGAGGGGACAAUUCCGAAACAUUGUCCUUACUCCAGGACACUUCAACAGGUGACUAUCCCAGAAAAGAAAAAGGAACACUGUCUGCAUAUACAGAAUCUUUGUUUUACGGGACAGACAAGCAGGCUAAAUGUACUGACUCUGUCAGCAUAUACAGAAUCUAUGUUUUACGGGACAGACAAGCAGGCUAAAUGUACUGACACUGACUGUUCUCUUUCUGGUCUCUGACUCAGUACGCUUUCCUUCUUUCUUUCUUUCUUUCUCUUCUCCGUAGCAAUAUUUCCACGCUGGAGGAAACGGUCUGAAGAAGACGUUCCUUGAGAAAAGCCCUGACCUCAAGUCCCUCAAAUACGCUCUGAGCCUUUACACACAGCCUACUGAUGCCUUGAUCAAGAAGUAUAUAUGCACCCAAACCUCUCAAGGUAAGGACACUGAGCUAGUAUAUAUGCACCCACACCUCUCAGGUAAGUGACAACUGAGCCCUGAGCAGAUAUCACCCAAACCUCCCAAGGGUGAAGGACACUGGGCUAAGUAAAAAGAGAUGCACCCCAACCCUCUCAAGUUUAAGGACACUGAGCUAGUAGAUAUGCACCCAAACCUCUCAAGUUAACUGACACUGAGCUAGUAGAUAUGCAACCCAACCCUCUCAAGUUUAAGGACACCUGGAGCUAGUAGAUAUGCACCCAAACCUCUCAAGUUAAGGACAACUGAGCUAGUAGAUGAUGCACCCAACCCAUCUCACGUUAAAAGGCACAUGAGUACAGUAGAUAUGCACCCCAAACCCUCUCAAGUUUAAGGACACUGAGCUAGUAGAUAUGCACCCAACCCUCUCAAGUUAAGGACACUGAGCUAGCAGAUAUGCACCCAAACCUCUCAAGGUAAGGACACUGAGUUAGUAGAUAUGCACCCAAACCUCUCAAUGUAAGGACACUGAGCUAGUAGAUAUGCACCCAACCCGCUCAAGUUAAGGACACUGAGCUAGCAGAUAUGCACCCAAACCUCUCAAGGUAAGGACACUGGGCUAGUAGAUAUGCACCCAACCCUCUCAAGUUAAGGACACUGAGCUAGUAGAUAUGCACCCAACCCUCUCAAGUUAAGGACACUGAGCUAGUAGAUAUGCACCCAAACCUCUCAAGGUUAAGGACACUGAGCUAGUAGAUAUGCACCCAACCCUCUCAAGUUAAGGACACUGAGCUAGUAGAUAUGUACCCAACCCUCUCAAGUUAAGGACACUGAGCUAGUAGAUAUGCACCCAAACCUCUCAAGUUAAGGACACUUCCCCCAGUAUAUACACCCUAACCACUCAAGGGAAGAACACACUUCAUCUGUGUCACCAAAUGUCUCUGAAAGUCCACAAAUGUCCUCUCUAGAGGUUAGGGUUAGAGUUCAGGGUUGGGGUCAAUUCCAUUUCAGUCAAUUCAGGAAGAAAUAACAAUUCAAUUGUUUUUCUCAUAGAGAAGCAUUGAGGGAAAUAGGAAUUAGAAUUUCAGUUAACUUCCUCAAUUGACCCUAACCCUGUUCACAGGAGGCUGGUGAGGGGAGGACAGCUCAUAUUAAUGUCUGGAAUGGAAUGGUAUCAAACACAUGAAAACCAUGUGUUUGAUGAGUUGGAUACCAUUCAAUUUAUUCCGUUACAGCCAUUACUAUGAGCCCGUCCUCCCCAAUUAAGGUGCCACCAACAUCCUGUGACCCUGUGAUAGUUCUCCUUGCUUCUCUUACAGUGGGCUACAGUGUUUUUCCAUGUCAGCUUGGUUUCUCUCCAGUUUACCGUGUGAGAUGGUUAUUGCAGUAAUUGCAUUUUUCCAUCAUCCACUGUCUUCUUCAAUCCCUUUCUCUUUCUAUUUUACUGUUGCCUCUUUCUCUCUCUCUCUCUCUCUCUCUCUCUCUCUCUCUCUCUCUCUCUCUCUCUCUCUCUUCUCUCUCUCUCUCUCUGCUCUCUCUCUCUCUCUGGCGCUCUCUCUCUCUCUCUCUCUCUCUCUCUCUCUCUCUCUCUCUCUCUCUCUCUUUUGCUCUCUCUUUCCCUCUCUGUCAUUCUCUGUCGCUUUCUCUAACUCUAUGUCACUCUAUCUCUCUCUUGCUGUCUCUAUAUCUGUCCCAGUUCCAUGCUGUGUUUAACUGUGUCUCUGUGGAAGUGUAGGUUUUCUGUUUUCAUGACAGAGUAGAGCUACCUGAUGGUCUAUCUAGGGGGAUGGGACCUCAGUGUGGCUUAGUCCAGCAGAGCAGAGCAGUGGAGCUGCACGCCUUUCUAUUUCCUCAGUACUCAGCCUAGCAUGACACUGGUCCUCUACAGGCUGGAGAGGAGAGGAGAGGAGAAGAAGGGUGAGGAGGAGAGGAGAGCAGGAGAUAGGUGGAGAGGAGAGGAAUGGGAGGAAAAGGGAUGAGAGGAGGAGAGGGGAGGAGGGGAGUGGAGGGGGAGAGAGGAUAGGGGUGGAGAGGAGAGGGACAGCAGCCUCUGCAGACCUACUCUCUGAAAAUCUGUGGUGUUUACAUGUCUAUUCUGUUGGUUAGCUUUAGGGCAACUAGGGGUUGUGAGAGAAACUCUGGAAGAAAGAAAAAAUAUUGUGCCACUUGGUUCAUAGAAUCCGUUAGACUAGCAGAGGGAGGAUGGCUAGUUUAUCAGCCUGCUAGGUUGUUAGUGGGUUUUAAUAUUGCAGAUAGAUUGUAGGUUCUAUCAAUGUAAUUGUUUGCAUCAUUUCUAAUCCCCCUUAUUUUAUUGUUUUAUUCUACACUUCUUUCCCGGCUAUCCUACCAUCCCUAACCUGAUUGGAGUAAACUAACAGACAACAAUAAUUCUACUGCUACAGCUAUUUUCACUCACAUCUACAGUACCUGUAGUUAAAUAAUAAAUAAUUAUAUACUUCUUUCCACAAGUGCUGGAUUUUCACCCACAGCGGCCAAUCCACCAUUCAUUCUGAUCUUAACUCUCUGAUGUCCACAGAUCAACCCAUCUUUCCCAGUAUAACACCAUUUUGAUAUUUCCUUUAGCAGUACAUCCCUCCAUUUUACUGAUGUCUUACAAGGGUCCUCAACCUCCCUAUUUGUAACAUUUCUACUGAUAUUGUACUAAAAAUAAAUACUUUUCCCAAGAGUAUAAUGAUAUUUCCCAUUGACUGAUCGUGGUUUUUCAGAUCCCCUAACAAAACAGUUUGCAGGUCCAUCUGAACCCGGAUAUUAUGACAUAACAACCAUUCCUGGUCCUGACUCCAAAUGCGAGCCACCGAUGGACAGUACCAGAAAAUAUGUUAUAUUAAUUAUGUUUCCUCAUGGCAGAGUCUGCAGAAGGCUGACUGUUCAAUGCCCCAUAUAUUGAGCAUUGUUUUUGUAGCAAGUAUUUUAUAUAGUAGCUUAAAUUGAAAUGAACCGAUUGAUGAGUCAAUUGUUGUUUUAUAUGUCAGUUCAUAGACCUGAUGCCAAGGUAUUGGGACAUCAAAACACUGUUCCCAACUGACUUGAAUUUGAUAUGGUUGUUAGUGUUGAUUUCCCCAGGUCCAGGUCUUAAUUGUGUUGUAGUAAUGUUUCUCGUCCCCUCUCCUACACACACACACACAUUUCCCCUGUUCCAGGUCUUAAUUGUAUUGAUGUGAUAUCCCCCUCCUUAAUCAGGAUCCAUUCAUCAGCUCUCUCUCUCUCUCUCUCUCUCUCUCUCUCUCUCUCUCUCUCUCUCUCUCUCUCUCUCUCUCUCUCUAUCUGUGUCUGUCUGUCUCUCUGCUCUCUGUCUCUCACUCUCUCUCUCUCUCUCUCUCGCUCUCUUUCUUUCUCUCUCUCUCGCUCUCUCUCCCGCUCUCACCUCUCUCUGUUAAUGACACAACAGACACACAAACAACAGUACACAUCUGUCUGUGUUACUACCCCCACGUCUGUCUGUUCUGUCUGUGUUACUACCCCCACAUCCGGCUGUUGUGUCUGUGUUACAACCCCCCUGUCUGGCUGUUGUGUCUGUGUUACUACCCCCCCCAAAUGGAUGUUGUGUCUGUGUUACUACCUCCCCGUCUGGCUGUUGUGUCUGUGUUACUACCCCCCACGUCUGGCUGUUCUCUCUGUGUUACUACCCCAUGUCUGGCUGUUCUCUCUGUGUUACUACCCCCCAUGUCUGGCUGUUCUCUCUGUGUUACUACCCCAACGUCUGGCUGUUCUCUCUGUGUUACUAACCCCCACGUCUGGCUGUUCUCUCUGUGUUACUACCCCCCACGUCUGGCUAUUCUCUCUGUGUUACUACCCCCCACGUCUGGCUAUUCUCUCUGUGUUACUACCCCCCACGUCUGGCUGUUCUCUCUGUGCUACUACCCCCACGUCUGGCUGUUCUGUCUGUGUCCAUGUUUCUGUCUCUCUGUCUGUCUUUCUCUCUCUCUUACCCCAUCUUUCUCCUCCUCCUCCUCUCUCUUGUUCAUCUCUAGCUCUCUCUUUCUCUCUCUCUCUCUCUCUCUUACCCCCCUCUCCUCAUCCCUAUUUCUCUCUCCCUCCCUCUCUUUCUCUAUUAUCCCCACUCUCUUCCUUUCUCUCUCCUGGGUCUGUCAUUGAGUGCACCUCCAUAUUUAAUGUUUGUUUGUUUGUUUGUUCUCUGCUCCAGAGAGGGUAGUGGUCCUAAAUGUUUGGAGUCUCUGUGUAGGCCAGCACUUUGCGUUACCAUUCUGUGUGUGUGUGUGUGUGUGUGUGCAUGCGUGCCUGUGUCUGUUUGUGUGUGUGUGUGUGUAUGUGCGUGCGUGCGUGCAUGUGUUCCAUUCUGUUCUGUUCUUUUACUCAGAGCUUAAUGCAUUUAUCUACGGCUCCAUAUGUUGUUUUGUUUUCUAUGUAGCUUGUUUUUCUUAUGUCAUUGGUUUCCAGAGAACCCUACUUCUCAGUGACACAGGAGGAAGUGGAGUGAGUCAUUCACUUCUUGUUGCAGUUUAUGUUUCAGUCACUACACACAGGGGUCUCUUCUCUACCUUUCUGGAUCAGUGUGUGUGUAACCUUAUUUGAGAUGCAGUGUUUCUGUCUUUUUUACUUUCUGUCUCUCCUUUUCUCUCAUUCUGUCUCUCCUCUCUCUCUCUCUCUCUCUCUCUCUGUCUCUCCUUCUCUCUCUCUGUCUCUCCCCUCUGACUCUGUUACAACAUGUGGUUGUAAUGACUUGCAGGUCCGUGCAGGUGACGAUUCUCUCUCUCACUCUCUCUUUCUCUCCCUGCGUCUGCUACUUUGCGUCCCCCUCUCUCACCCUCCUCUCUCUCAUCUCUUCCGGCGACGUCCCUCUCUCUCCCCGCUCUCGUCCCUCCCUCGUCGCACUCCUCCUCUCUCCUCCUCUCUCUCUCUGACGGUAGUGUUAUAUGGUGGUCUCCAGGUGAAGAUUCUCGCUGUGCUCUCUCUCCUCCUCCUCGCUCUCUCUCACUCUCCUCCUCCUCAUCUCUCUUCUUCUCUCUCCUCGCUCUCUCUCUCUCUCUCUCUGACAGUAGUGUUGUGUUGUUGGUCUGCAGGUCAGUCUACAGACAGCUCCGUGGGGGAGGUGUCCAUGCAGGUGGAUCUCAUCUCUCACCCUGGCACUGGAGAGCACAAAGUCAACGUGAAGGGUGAGACACACACACACACACACACAAGCACUCGCACAUCCCAUUCCUGUACACACAAACACACACACGCACACACAGAGGAAGAAAGCAGAAACUGUGAAACAAUUAAACCUGACUUUACAGCAACGAUUUAUCAUUCUUAGUCAAAUCUAUUCACACCUGUAAUGUUCAAAGAGGAACCACUGGGAGGAACAUGGAUAGUUGGAUUGUAGUUGAUGUAUUCUAAUGGUAAAGCUGUGGUCAUUAUCAGAUAGGAUUUCUGCUACACUGCGUCCUACUGUCUGUUGGAGACUUCUAUAGAGAAUAAUAACCACCAUAGCAUAAAAACACACUUCUGAGGGUAUCAUUAAAACCCUACAUUUUACAGAACACUAGUUAGACAGAGACAGUGGCUGUGUUACAUAGGCAGCCCAAUUCUGAUAUUUUUUCCACUAACUGGUCUUUUGACCAAUCACAUCAGAUCUUUUCACAUCAGAUAUUUUUCAGAGCUGAUCUAAUUGGUCAAAAGAUAAAUUAGUAAAAAAAAUAUCUGAAUUGGGCUGCCUGUGUAAAUGCAGCCGGAGUGACUCACACUCAAUGACCAGUGGUUUAAGAACACGUGUUUUAUUUAAAAGUAAAUGGACCAGUGGUUUUACAACAAGUAACUUAUUUAAGUUUACAUAGUGGAUGGAUGGAUGGAUGGAUGUGUGCAUGGAUGGAUGAUUUGAUUGACUGAUCGAUUGAUUGAUUGAUUGAUUGAUUGACUGAUUGAUUGAUUGAUUGAUCGAUCGAUUGAUGUAUUAAUUAAUUAAUUGAUUGGUUGAUUGAUUGAUUGAUUGACUGUGAUUGAUUGGCUGAUUGAUUGAUUGACUGAUCGACUGAUUGGUUGAUCGACUGAUUGACUGAUCAACUGGUUGACUGAUUGCUUGAUUGAUCGACUGAUUGAUUGAUCGACUGAUUGAUUGACGUGUCUCUGCUGUUCCUUUGCAGUGGUGGGGGUCAACAACCUAAGCUGGCAGACCAAUGCCAUGUUCCGACCGUUCGUGGAGGUGAAUGCGGUCGGACCGCACCUCGCCGACAAGAAACGCAAGUUCACCACCAAGACCAAGAACAACAAUUGGUCACCAAAAUACAAUGAAACAUUCCAAUAGUAAGUCUGGUUUAUUGUCUAAAUUUAGUCUGGUUUAUUGUCUAAAUAAGUCUGGUUUAUUGUCUAAAGGUCUGGUUUAUUGUCUAAAGUAAGUCUGGUUAAUUGUCUGAAGUACAUGUCACGAUCGUCUUGAAAUGAAGCGGGCCAAGGCGCAGCGUGAGAUGCGUACAUAUUUAUUACUUGUACAAAACAGCGAACAAAACAACCAACGAUACGUGAAGUCCUUCGACACAAAACACAAAUCAAAAGGAACAAGAAACCACAACCACAAAGUGAAAACAGACAGUUUAAAUAUGGCUCCCAAUCAGAGACAACCAGAAAACAGCUGACACUCGUUGCCUCUGAUUGGGAGUCACUUAGGGCAACACAGAAAACAACAACCUAGAAAACCCAACAUAGAAACAACCCACACAGAACGAACACACCCUGGCUCAACAUACAGAGUCCCGGAGCCAGAGCGUGACAGUACCCCCCCCCUAAAGGCGCGGACUGCGCCCGCGCCUCAAACGUAGCAAAACAGGGGAGGGCUGGGUGGGCAUACUUCCUCGGUGGCGGUUCCGGUUCCGGGCUUGACCACCACCCCUCCAUAAUCCCCCCGUAGCGCCCCUGGUCCGGUCUGACCCCGCUGGCUGGAUCUGGAUGGACAUCGACGGAGCAGAUUGCUUAAGCUCCAUUGUGGAGCAGCUGACCUGUACCUGAUCAGGCACCGGACUGACGACGCGCACCCCUGGCUUGGCGCGUGAGGCAGGAACGGACCGGACCUGGCUGACGAUGCGCACCCCUGGCUCGGUGCGUGGAGCAGCAACGGACCGGACCGGGCUGACGAUACGCACCCCUGGCUUGGCGCGUGAGGCAGGAACGGACCGGACCUGGCUGACGAUACGCACCCCUGGCUUGGUGCGUGGAGCCGGAACGGGCCUCACCGGACUGACUACUCGCAUCCCUGGCUUGGUGCGAGUAGCAGGAACAGGCCGGACCGGGCUGGCGACGCGCACCGUAGGUUUGGUGCGAGUGGCAUGAACAGGCCGGGUCGGGCUGGCGACGCGCACCGUAGGUUUGGUGCGAGUGGCAGGAACAGGCCGGGUCGGGGCUGGCGACGCGCACCGUAAACUUGGUGCGGGUGGCAGGAACAGGCCGGACCGGGCUGGUGACGCACACCGUAGACUUGGUGCGUGGAGCAGGGACAGGCCGGGCUGGGCUGGCGACGCACCCUGUAGGCUUGGUGCGGGGAGCAGGAACAGGCCGGACAGGGCUGACGACGCGCACCACAGACUUGGCGCGGGGAGCAGGAACAGGCCGGGCCGGGCUGACGACACGCACCACAGGCUCGAUGCGAGGACAGGAACAGGCCGGACCGUACUGGGGACACACACCACUGGCCCUACGCAGGGAUCAGGAACGGGCCGGACCGGACUGGUAACACACCCCAGUACCUCUCGCCGUGCCUCCACACUUUCCCUCUCCUCUGUGACCGGUGGCCCCCUUAACCUGGCGGCCCUCUCUGCCAACCUUCUGCACCACUCUAUCCCGUACUCCUGCUGCCCCGUCGUCCACGGCGUGAGCCCCCCCCUAAAAAUUUUCUGGGCUUGUCUCUCCCCCGUGGACCAGGCCUCCAUGGUUCUCGUCCAAUUCUCUCUCCACUUUUCAUAAUUCCAGCCUUUCUCCUCAUCACGCUGCUUGACCCCGUCGUGGUGGUUUCUUCUGUCACGAUCGUCUUGAAAUGAAGCGGGCCAAGGCGCAGCGUGAGAUGCGUACAUAUUUAUUACUUGUACAAAACAGCGAACAAAACAACCAACGAUACGUGAAGUCCUUCGACCACAAAACACAAAUCAAAGGAAACAAGAAAACCACAACCACAAAGUGAAAACAGACAGUUUAAAUAUGGCUCCCAAUCAGAGACAACCAGAAAACAGCUGACACUCGUUGCCUCUGAUUGGGAGUCACUUAGGGCAACACAGAAAACAACAACCUAGAAAACCCAACAUAGAAACAACCCACACAGAACGAACACACCCUGGCUCAACAUACAGAGUCCCGGAGCCAGAGCGUGACAGUACAAUUAAACAAUCUGAUAGUAAGUCUGGUUUAUUGUCAAAAGUAAGUCUGGUUUAAUUGUCUGAAAGUAAGUCUGGUUAAUUGUCUGAAGUACAAUUAAACAUUCUGAUAGUAAGUCUGGUUUAUUGUCUAAAGUAAGUCUGGUUUAUUGUCUAAAGUAAGUCUGGUUAAUUGUCUGAAGUACAAUUAAACAUUCUGAUAGUAAGUCUGGUUUAUUGUCUAAAGCAGAUAACAUAAUCCUGUGUUUUGGCUUCAGUAAUGUGUGUCUUGGUCACCUGCAGUGACGCUGUCAAAACGUUUGGAAAAGGUUACAAAUGAAACUAGAAAUACUUUAUCAGCAUGAUAGCAGAAAGUAAUGAGAUGAUGAAGUGCUUUUAAAAAUGGAGACAUUUCAAUUACUUGAAUAGAGAGAGGGGUGAGAUAGAUCACUCACCCUAUCUAUGCAGCUGUACCACUGUAUGUCUGAUACUGAGCCAGCUGCAUUUAAAGCACAAUGUAGAGCCUGUGUCCCAAAAGGCAUCCUAUUUCCUAUACACUGAGUGUACUAAACAUUAGGAACACCUUCCUAAUAUUGAGUUCCACCCCCUUUUGCCCACAGAACCGCCUCAAUUUGUCGGGCAUGGUCUCUGCAAGGUGUCGAAAGCGUUCCACAGGGAUGCUGGCCGAUGUUGACUCCAAUGCUUCCCACAGUUGUGUCAAGUUGGCUGGAUGUCCUUUGGGAGGUGGACCAUUCUUGAUACACACCGGAAACUAUUGAGCGUGAAAAACCCAGCAGCUUUGCAGUUCUUGACACAAUCAAACCAGUGCGCCUGGCACCUACUACCAUACCCCGUUCAAAGGCACUUAAAUAUUUUGUCUUGCCCAUUGGCACACACACAAUCCAUGUCUCAAUGGCUUAAAUAUCCUUCUUUAAUCUGUCUCCUCCCCUUACUCUACACUGAUUUAAGUGGAUUUAACAGGUGACAUCAAUAAGGGAUCAUAGCUUUCAGCUGGAUUCACCUGGUCAGUCUAUGUCAUGGAAAGAGCAGGUGUUUUCUGUUUUGUACACUCAGUGUCUUGUGCCCUGGUCAAAAGUAGUGCACUACAUGGGGAAUAAGGUGCCAUUUGGGAUGCAGACAGGGUCUAUCUAUGCAGCUGCAUCCAAUCCUCUCACUGUGUUUCUGAUACUGAGCCAGCUGCAUCUGACGCGCAGUCAGAGAGAGACAGAGAGAAUGAUCCUCCGUACUGCGUACGUAGUCUCUGGUGCUCUGUUAAUGCCACCGUCCACCGACGGAGAUCAAUGUCAACAGGAACACUGUCUGCAUAUACAUGCACUUCUUGUUUUGUUUUGUUUUAUUUGCACCAAAGAAAACAACAAUACAGAUAAAAACGAAAUGUAUAAAACGGUGUGCAGGUGUGGUUGGAAGCCCAAGGGCUUAUAUGAUACCCACAACACAAAAAAACAAUAUACAAUAUAUAAGGACAAAAAUAAAAAAGGUUUGAUAAAACAGAUAACAAAACUCACUAAUUAUAAAUCUAUAAAUGAAUUGAUCAGUAAUCACGAAAAAAAUGUGUGCAUGUGAAUGUGUGAGAGUUAGUUAUGGAGGAGAUUACUGAGUAGUUUGGUUCAUCAGGCUGACCCCGUCUUCGCUUGAAAUUAUUGAGGGAUGAUGAUGUUUUGGCAAUGUGAAGAUAAGAAUUCCAGAGUAUGGUACCUCUGUAUUUGAUAGAGAAUUGACUAUGUGAGGUGCGGCAGUUGGGAGGGUGAAUGUUAUCGCAGUGUCUUGUGUUAUAUAGAUGGAUUUCAGAAUUAGCCUGGAAGAAUCCAUUGAAGUGUUUAGGUAAACUGUCUGGCAGGUAGGAGUAUUUGUAGAUGAAAGUGCAUAAUUGGCGUACAUUAAUGUCGUAAAUAGACAAGAUAUUGAGUUUCUUAACCAAAGGUGCAGAUGGCUCCAGGUAAUUAGAGGAGGUGGCUAGUCUUGCAAAUGUAUUUUGUAGGAUGAGUAAUUUGUGUAGGUAGGAGGCAUAUGUACUGGCCCAGACAAUAUUACAGUAAAUGAGAUAUGGGUAAAUGUAGCUAUAGUAUAGAGUUAGGAAGCAAGCCUGAUGUACCAAACUACUAAUCUUUCUGAUGAUACCAACAGAUUUCAUCACUUUGCUGCAGACAAAUUGAAUAUGAUCUUUCCAGGAGGAAACUCAGAAGAAUCUAGUGGAUGUGACUUGUUCCAUUUCAUUCCCACCAAUUGAGAUUCUGGCUUUUAUUUAUAUUUUUUAUAUAUCUUAUUCUUAGUAGUGAAUACAAUAAAGUUCAAUUUUUUUACAUUUAAAGAUCAUUUGAUUUAUCUGGAACCAUUCAGAAAAUUUGGCCAUGCCUGAGUUGGCUUCAUUAAUUAGUGAAUAAAAGUUUUUGUGUGAUAAAAUCAAAUUGGUAACGUCAGCAAAGAGAAUGGGAAGUUCGGUAGAAGAAACAGCAGCAAGGUCAUUGGAAUAACAAAGGUCCAAUUAUCGAACCCUGUGGCAUGCCUCAGGAUAUCUUGGCCCUGGUAGAUGCACAGCCGUUUGCAUAAACAAACUGUUCUCUAUCAUAAACAUAACUAUAGCCAAUUUUUAUGUAUAAUCAUGAAAACCGUAAUAAUGCAAUUUAGAAAGUAAUAUUUAAUGAUCAACUGUGUCAUACGCUUUGGAUAAAUCUAAAAAGAUGCCAAGAACGUCUUCAUUGUUGUUCAGGGCUGUAAAGAUUUUAUCUACAAGUUGCAAAAGAGCUGUGAAGUAGUUUUUAUGAAAACCAUAUUGGUUUUCUAGGAUUUUAGAAAAACAUGGUAGUACAGAUAUUGGGUGAUAAUUUGUAAGAUAUCUUGGAUCCACAGAUUUAUAGAGGGGGAUAACUUUGGCAAUUUUCUAAUCUUUAGGAACAAUACCAGUUUGCAUAGAUUUGGUGAAGAUAUACAGUACUCAGAGGCUCAGUAAGCCAGGAAGACACUGAUUUCACCAAAGAGGUACCAAUGUCAUCAUGACCUGCUGCUGAUAUCUUUAAGUUACCAAUGACCUCCAUCACCUCCAUUACAUCAGGAGGAUCAAACUAAAGCAGAGAAGGGAAAUGUCCCUUAAUGUAAUCCAAGAGAUUUCCAUCAGCGUUCUCUAUUUUCUUUGACAGAGAGGAACCCACAUUCACAAAAAAGUUAUUAAAUUCACAUGAAAUAACAUCAGGAUCACUAUAGGUCUUAUUUCCAACAAUAAAUUGAGAUGGGAUAGUUGUAGAUGAUUUUUCUUAUUCAUCAGUUGAUGUAUGGUUUUCCAAGUUGACUUUAUAUUAUUCAAGGAUUCUUAGAAUUUGUUAGUAAAAUAUCUUCCUUCCUGAUGCGCUCUCUCUGUGUGUGUGUGUUUGCGUGCGUGCAUGCGUACGUGCGCGAGCAUGCGUUUGUGUGCUUUUGUUUGAAUCUUCAGAAGCCAUUAGUAGUCUGUGGAUAAUUAGGUAGGAUCCUAAAGAAAAGGUUGGCUUGGAAAUAAUGGUCCCUCUGAACACAGACGUUUAACUCUGUUGCAAAACAUAAUUGAAGUGUCCCUCAUUUCAGUCAGUUACAACAAUGAACCCUCUCCAUUCAUAGAGAUGUCACCGAGCCAACGUCUCUCACUGACAAAUUAUAUAUAUUAUUAUACACAUUCUUAUACACCCUGCUAUGGGACAAAGCCAUCUGGCCUCUCGUGAAAUGCUCUCAGUUCUCAUUGAUAUUAGCCUUUCUACAUAAGGAGAGUGGCGUGUGUGUUUGUGUCUGGUUUCUGUGCGUGUGUGUGGUUUCUGUGUGUGUGUGCUUGUGUUCGUGUUAUCUAACCAACCUUUAGCACUGUGGUGUCUGGUCUCUGACUGAAUGAGUUCCGUUGUCUAAUCAAUCAUUCAAUUAAUCAAUCAGUCAUACAACAUGACCUCUCCUUUCUGACUGCAAGUUGUUGUUGUUGUUAAUAAAUAUGUUAUUGAUGUGAUGUUGAUGUGGCCUACGGUUGUCUAGCGGUCUAAGCUACUGCCUUUCAGAUCACAUAUACCGCUGCAGCAUGGGUUCUUAUCCAGCAUCUUUCUCUCUAUCCUGUUCAAUAAACUACUACUGAUGUUGAUCAUGUUGUUGUCUCUCUUCCUCCCCAGUAUUCUGAGCAACGAGCACGGUCCAGAGUGUUACGAGCUCCACGUCUCAGUGAAGGACUACUGCUUCGCCAGAGAGGACCGCAUCAUCGGCAUGGCGGUCCUCCAGCUCAGAGAACUGGCCGACCAGGGGAGCUGCUGUGCCUGCUACCCCCUGGUGAAGAGUAUCACCAUGGACGAGACCGGACUCACCAUCAUGAGGAUACUCUCUCAAAGGACCAACGACGAAGUGGCCAAAGAGUUUUGUCGUCUCAAGACAGACACACGCUCUUCAGAGGAGGUGGCCUCCUAGUAUGGAGAUGUGAUGGAGGGAUGGAUGGAAUGAAUGGAUGAUUGCAUGGAAGGGAGUAGAGGAAGGGGGACAAGGGGAAGGAAGGAAGGAAGAUGAAGGCUGACUGAGUUGAGGAGUUAUGUUGUGUGUUUUGGUGCAUGUGCGUAAAACAUCUGUUGGAAUGUUCAUUUUAAACUACAGUAUGUACCAGUGUUUACUUACCGUAUGCUCAAUAUUAAGUACUAUAUUCUACGAGUUAUGUUAACGAGACAUGAAAUACCUUUUUGUACAACAUUUAGAUUUGUUCCGAUAAAGUGCCAAACCAGAGGGAAAAAAGUAUAACAACAACAACAAAACAAAACAACAAAAUAUAACGGUGAUGAAUUAUGGUGAUACUUAGUAUGUUUGAUGAAAAAUUUGCUUGAUUAUUUGGUUCAGUGUAAAAUCAUUCUCUCUCUAUAAAACGGUGGCAUUUUAAUCGUUAAAAAUCGUUCAUUUGCACCCUUGUUUUGUUACUCGUCCCCUCACACAGCACUUGUUGUGCAUGUUUCGUUUACAACCAUGUCUCUUCCAUCAUCUCACAGUGACCACAGGGUCAGGGUCCAUGUACCCUGGCCCUAAAACUCUUUGUAUUUAAGCCGAAACCUGAAAAGAGACCAUUUUUUAAAACGGCGAUGACUGCUAUGUAAACCUUCAUAGGUGUUUGUAAUUUUAUAACCAUGACAACAACAAAAAGCCUCCAGUGCUGUCAGUCUACACAGAAAGGGUGGAUCCUAUUUUCUCUUUUUAUUUUUGCCUGUAAUCUUUCCGUUCAGCCAUCGGCUUCCAGCCUUUCUGUACGACCACUGUGAACACGAGCUUUGGAAGGCAAGCCUACAUUACAUUGCUGACGGUUUGAUAUUGUUGUUUCAUAUUUAUUAAGAUUACUUUGUUCCUGAGAAACUGCCAAAGUUAUAUAAAAAUGUUUGUACAAAAGCAAUCCAUUACAUGUAUGAAAAAGAUAUAUGUACAUGUGAUCUAUUUACUUUUACAAUGCUAAAUAUCUGAUUGUUGAUGGGGUGGUUCUAGAACUUUAUUUUUUUGAGUUUGUGUGAAGCUAUUUACAAGAUUUGAGAGUCGCAAAAUGUUACUUUACACAUGAGUUGAAUUCAGCAUCUGCCAUUUGGUUAUUUUUUCUUCAUAAAGGAAAGAGUCUAACAUUGGGUAAAUAUGCAACAUUCCUAUGUAUUGCACUGAUGGCGAAUUGUAUGUCAUGUAAAUAUAUUUAGUGAGAAAUUGUACAAAACAA